AUGAAAUUAAGUGGGUUUGCUUUUAUAUCUGGUCAACACAUCGAGGGAUGCAAAAAUUUUCUUGAAGAAUAUUCCCAAAAUAGCAGCGAACAUGUUCUAUCAGUGGAAAUAAAAAUCAGAGAUGCGGCUUAUUGUGCUGAAGAUGUAAUUGAAUCCCACAUAUGCAAUACUGUUCUUUCACAAUCUGGAAGUUACGGACAGGAGAGUUCUUCACAGCACCCACUUCCUGUGCUCCCAAUAUCUGACAGCGACCCUCAUACAGACUUCCAGAAGAUAAUAAAAGAAUUUGAUUCCAUCAUGGAAGAGGUGGUGAAGGUUGCGGACUUGCAGAAAAAAAUAACAGAAAUUGACACACUCGUGGAAGAUUCGUCGAAGAUUACGGAGGCGAUCGGGCAGUCAGGGCAUUUUUUGCCAUCAAGACCUGAACCUAGUGGCCAGAGUAAUACAGUUGGAUUUGAGGAAGAUUUGAAGCAGGUAAGGGAUCGACUCUGUAAUGGAUCAUCUGGACUCCAAAUCAUUCCCAUUGUUGGGAUGGGAGGCAUUGGCAAAACUACUCUAGCUAGGAAUGUUUAUGAUGAUUCAUAUGUUGCGUAUCACUUUCAUAUUCGUGCUUGGGUAACACUAUCUCCACGGUAUCAUAGGAGGGAACUUUUUCUAAGCCUUCUAGAUCACUUGGUUCUUCUUACUGCUGAGAUACGCAAAGAGAGUGAUGAGAAAUUAGCAGAUCGCCUUUACAAAAAUCUAAAGGGUAGAAGAUAUCUAAUUGUAAUUGAUGAUAUUUGGAGUAUUACUGCUUGGGAUAGCAUGAAAUUUUUAUUUCCAAAUGACAACAAUGGAAGCCGAAUCAUAGUGACAACCAGGAUAACAGAUGUGGCGGGUCAUGCCAGCUUAUCUACAAAUCAUCACCAGAUGUGUUUUCUAAAUGAGGAACAAAGUUGGAAUUUAUUUCGUGAAAAGUUGUUUGGACAAGAAAAAUGCCCUCAUGAAUUGGAAGAUAUUGGAAGGACAAUUGCAAAAAAUUGUCAUGGACUUCCAUUAUCAAUUGUCUUGAUUACUGGACUUCUCUCGAACGUUGGUAAGGCACGAGAUGAGUGGGAGCAUGUUGCUAAAAAUUUAAGUUCAUUAAUAGCAGAAAAAGAUGGCCAGUGCUCAGAGAUAUUAAAUUUAAGUUUCAAGCACUUGCCUACUCAUUUGAAAGCUUGUUUUCUUUAUAUGGGAGUUUUUCCAGAAAACUACGAGAUUCCCGUCUCUAGACUUAUCAAAUUAUGGGUUGCUGAGGGAUUUCUAAAACCCAAAAAACCUAAAAACUUGGACAAGGUUGCAGAGGAAUGCCUUAUGGAACUCAUAAGUAGAAACCUUAUUUUGGUUCGUCGAAAGGGGUCUGAUGGGAAAAUUAAAUCCUGCGGUAUACAUAAUCUUUUGAGAGAGCUAUGCAUGAGGAUAGCUCAUAAGGAGAAUUUUUUUUGUGUCAAGAGCAAGUAUCCGCACUUUGUUCCGGAAGAGGCAACUUUCAUGCGCCGUCUGAGUAUUCAUGACGAUGCCUCUUAUAGUCCAAGUGAAGAGGAUGUGAAUGUGCAAUCAAUGUCUCGUGUACGUUCUUUCAUAUAUACUGGUUGGGAUGAAACUCAAUUGCAUUCUUAUUAUUAUUUUGGUUGUCUUUUGCUGAGGGUAUUGGAUAUGGUAGGACUGGAGCUUACAAAAUUCCCAGAUGAAAUACUUCAACUAGUUAACUUAAGGUACAUUGCUAUCACUUGUCUCUGUAAAAUCCCUCCUGCUAUUACGUUGCUUAGGAAUCUAUAG